AUGGAUAUUGACAUGGACCUGGACCUGGGCCCGGCCCCCGAGCCUGAGCCUCAGCCCAUCGCGAUGGAUAUGGGACACGUGGAGGGCGUAGUCGAUCCGCUCACAGCCGAAGCGGAUGCGCUGUACGAAAAGGUCCACGUCCGGGGCGUGGACGAAAUGACAACGGACAACAUCAGACAAUUCGCCAGCAGCCACUUUGAGCAGGAGCAGCCGUCGCGCAUCGAAUGGAUUGAUGACACAUCCGCGAAUAUUAUCUACUCCUCUACUGAGAUCGGCCUCCAAGCACUCGCUGCCUUUACGCAAGCCGGUGAGGAAGGUGACGCGUCUGCCUUGCCGCCUCUGCGCCUACGCUCGGCCAAGCUCCUGUCAACCCACCCAGACUCGGUCCUCCAGGUGCGCUCGGCGGUGAAGACCGACCGCAAGAGGGCUCGUGCCCAUGAAGCUAGUCGAUUCUAUCUUAUGCACCCGGAGCACGACCCCCGAGAGCGCCUACGACGGGAACUAGACGAAAGAAGACAACAUGGUGGCGGCGAAUCUAGCGAUGGCGACUACCGGCGGCGUCGUUUCGAUGACCGUGAGCUGCGACGACGCCGAGACCGUGAUGGGGAGGACCGGUUCAACGUGGACAUGUACGACGAUAAUGGCGGCAGCUAUUCGGACUCGGAUCGCGGUAUACGGGAGCGAAGAGGCCGUGGUCGGAGAGAUCUAUUCCCGGAGGAUGAGGAUCAAACAUUCGGACGCCUUCGCAAUCGCAGCGCAUCGCCCGGUCGCGACACGUUGGAGGACAACGAAAGGGCUGAUCGUGCCGGCCACAGCAGACGGUUCCGUGAACGGUCGCCACGACUCGGCCGCCGCAACCAAGGCAAAGAGCUCUUUCCGACCAAGGGCGGCAACUCGGACACGAGAGAACUCUUCCCCAACAAACUGGCCUCCAGCUACAUCCAGAACCAGAAUAGCAAAGCCAGUAAUCACCGACGUUCGGACGCAUUUGAUGCUGCAGACGAGACUGCCGAUCUGCUUGGCCGAAGGAUCUCUGUCCCACUUACCGACGGGGCCUCCGAUAAGGCGCAGCGGAACAAAAAUGUUGAGCUCUUCCCAGACCGUGGUGAAGAUCAAGGUGCCGCCAUGCGUGGGCUUACUUCGGAGGAUCAGGGCUGGGCCAUCCGAGGUGCAGCAAAUGGCAUGUCUAUUAAAGGGAAGGGUUCCUCAGUUCGGGAGCUAUUUCCGUCCAAGUAUGGUGACAAUUCUGGCAAGGAAUUGUUCUCAAAUACGCUGCAAGGGCGUGGAGGACAGCGGCGGCGAGCUGAGGACAUGUUUGGCUGA